UGAGCCGAAUAUUCGAAGAAUUAUUUAUGACAGCAAAUUCAAUCACAGGUUUAGAAUCGAUAGAUGCCGAUCCAUUAAUUACUGUCGAUGAUUCUUUAAUUUAUCCACGUGAUCUCCAAGUAUUUAUACACCCUCCGCAAUGUAUUGAUGGAUUUCCUGGCCCAAUUAGAGAUGAACAAAAUGUUUCAGGCUGGUGGCUUUUGGAUGGGGGAUCAAUUCUUCCAGUACUUGCUCUAGAUUUAAACGAGGAUGAUAUAGUUUUAGACAUGUGUGCAUCUCCUGGUGGGAAAAGUUUGUUAAUUACCCAAACUGGAAAAUUUGCUUCUCUUGUUUGUAAUGACAAUAAAUUAUCGAGACUUGGUCAACUUAGAAGAGCUUUGGCAAUGUAUAUCCCCGCUGGAAGUGAGGCAGCAUCUCGCAUUAUUUUGAAAAGAAAGGACGUUUCUAGUGUUGAAUCUUGGGAUGAAUGUGGAAUUUAUGAUAAAGUGCUUUUAGACGCUCCUUGUACUUCUGAUCGUUUAUCGGCUAAUCAAGAUGAUAAUAACAUUUUUGCAACGGAUAAAACAACGGAACGAUUAGAUUUGCCACAAAAACAAACAAAAAUGUUAAUUAAUGCUCUUCGUUCAGUCCGUGUUGGAGGUUCAGUAGUUUAUUCUACAUGUUCAUUAGCACCAACACAAAAUGAAUUAGUAGUUGAGAAUGCAGUUGUUUUGGCUCAACAACAUUACGGAAUUAAAUUUGUAGAACGUUCAUUAAAAAGAAUGGAAAAACUUUUAAAAAGGACGGGGCUUUACAGAUUUAGUGAUCAACAACAAAGAGGAAGUCUUGUUUUGCCUUAUAUUGUUUCUAAUUUUGGACCUAUGUUUAUUUGCAAAUUACAAAGAAUUAUUUAA